CUUUGAUUCUGCUCACGAAAGUUUGAUUGUUUCUUAUCAAGUACCGUAGUGUUUACAAGUAGUAUUUCUUAAGGAAAAUGGAUUCGAAUGGAAAUGAAAAACAUUCGUCAGAAAAUAGUAACGUCACUGAGGUGACCGAUAAGGCAGAUUCGUCACACACAUUCCACCAGGUGUUCCUUGUGGAGGACAAUGACUGGGCGUCCGGAGAACAUGGAGGAGACGUGAGUGACCCUUUGAAUGUGGAGACACAGGAGGACAGUGAUGUAAUUUCAGUGCACAGUGAAGUUAAUGUUAAAAUAGAAGAAACAGACACCGAAACCUCACCGCCUGUUAAUGGAACGAGGGAAAGCAGUUUUAAGGAGACGGAGAAUCACAUCCAGGUGGAAGACGAUGAAACAUUCCCGUUGUUGUACCCGAAGAUUGAAGGAAUCAAGACGGAGGCGGAAGAUGAGCAGCCGUCUCAGCUCUCGAGGUUUGAAGAGAUGCGGGAUGCGAGUGAUUCAGCUUCUUCGAGAACCUGGUCUUUGGAGCCAAAACAUAGAGGAGAAAGGGUCCCCCUGGCAGGACAUUCUGAAGCACUGGAGAGAGAAGGGGAGCAUGGUUUUGCUGCCUGCGAUAUCAAGACAGAGACUUGUGAACAGAGUGAUAAUUUACAGUGGAGAAAUAAUCACACUUUUAGCAAUAUUUCAUUAAGUUAUUGUAUUCCACAGGACCCUGAAAAUGGAAUUCCCCAGUUUUCCUGCAGUUCUUGCUCAGAGACUUUUCACACUAGGUAUGAGCUAACCAAUCAUGUCUUCAGUCAUAUUCCAGAUGCACAAGUGCCAUCACAAAUAUGUAAAACUUGUGGUGAAGUUUCACCUGGACCGGAGCAUCAGCACGAUGUAUCACAAGGCCAGAAGCAAAGAACCAGUCAAAGACAACAUAAUGGUAGCCAGUUUCUAGAUAAGUACGCAUGUAAUGACUGUCCAAAGAUAUUCCGGUACAGAGGUUCCCUGAGGCGGCACAUAAGGAUUCAUCACGGGAACUUAGACAGAGGUUCCGCAGUUAAGGCUCACAAGAGUACACUGAGGAUUAGUUGUGCAGAAUGUAACAAGAUGUUCAGAACGAAAACUGAACUGAGAGUCCAUAUUCGGUCACACACUGGCGAACGUCCAUAUUCCUGUGGCGUUUGCGGCAAGUCAUUCAGCCAUAGUAGCAAUUUAAAAAUACACAACCGUCUUCAUACAGGUGAAAGGCCCUACAGUUGUAUUGCAUGCGGAAAAUUUUUCAAGUCAGUUGGUGAGCUAAAAUCCCAUUCACUGGUUCAUGUAGUUACACGUCUAUUUAGUUGUGCAGAGUGUGGGAAAUCAUACAAAACUGGUCGUGAUUUGAAGGUUCACUCACGUGUUCACACAGAUGAACGGCCUUACACCUGCAUUCAUUGUGGAAAGUCGUUUACAGGAAAUAGUCAAUUAAAGAUUCAUUCCAGAAUCCACACUGGUGAGCGACCAUACAGCUGCAGCAUAUGUGGAAAGGCGUUUAAAUCUAAUGCAGAGCUAAAAUCUCACCAUCGCGUGCACUCAGAGGAAAGACCAUACAGUUGUGCCGAAUGUGGGAAGUCUUAUAAGACGAGUAUGGAUUUAAAGUAUCAUUUUCGCAUCCACAGUGAGGAAAGGCCAUAUUGCUGUGAGCAGUGUGGAAAGUCAUUUAAAGCAAAUUUUGAACUCAAGUCGCAUUUCCGUGUUCACACAGGAGAACGGGCACACGUUUGUGCUGAGUGUGGUAAGUCUUUCAAGACACGACACGAGCUGAAAUCCCACUCACGUGUACACACUGGUGAACGCCCGUAUACUUGUGGUCAAUGUGGCAAAUCUUUUACUCAGAUUGGCAAUCUUAAAAUACACAAUCGGGUACACACUGGUGAACGACCAUAUAAGUGUCCAGAAUGCGGUAAGCUGUUUAAAACAGGCAGUGAACUGAAAUGUCACUUACGAGUGCACACUGGUGAACGGCCUUACUCCUGUUCUGAAUGUCAGAAGGCAUUCAAAACAAAUGGAGAGUUGAAGGUUCACUUCCGUACUCAUACAGGGGAACGACCAUAUAGUUGCAACGAGUGCGGAAAGUCCUUUAAGACUAGCAGCGAAUUAAAGUCUCAUUCACGUGUUCAUACAGGUGCCCGGCCCUAUACUUGUCCUGUUUGUAGGAAAUCGUACAAAUCAAGUUAUGAAUUAAAGUCACAUUUGCGAAUACACUCAGACGAACGCCCCUAUAGCUGCAUUCAAUGUGGAAAAUCGUUCAAAGGGAGUGGUGAACUGAAGUCUCAUUCACGGAUUCACUGUGGCAAACGCCCUUACAGCUGUAUUCUUUGCAGGAAGUCAUUCAAAACUAAUAGAGAACUAACAUUUCACUUUAGGGUUCACACUGGUGAACGGCCAUAUCACUGCAAUGUCUGUGGGAAGUCCUUUACUCAGAGAAGCAACUUGAAAGUGCACUUCCGCAUACACACGGGAGAGUGUCCUUACAAGUGUCCCGAGUGUGACAAGUCAUUUAAAUCGACUACAGAGCUAAAAGUUCAUUCUCUUGUCCAUACUACCGAGCGACCAUUCAAAUGUACUGCAUGUGAGAAAGCCUUCAAGUCGAAAUCUGAGCUAAAAGUCCAUUUCCGUGUACACUCUGGUGAGCGACCAUAUAAAUGUACUGAGUGUGAGAAAGCUUUUAAGACGAGUGGUGAAUUAAAAUCACAUUCGUAUGUGCACACAGGGAUACGACCAUACAGUUGUAUUAGUUGCGGGAAAUCAUUCAGCUCAUCGAGUAACCUUAAAGUUCAUAUUCGUGUUCAUUCUGGUGAACGACCAUACAAAUGCAGUGAAUGUGAGAAGUCUUUCAAGUCUAAGGUUGAACUUAACAUACAUUUUCGCAUUCACUCUGGUGAAAGGCCAUAUAAAUGUACUGAAUGUGAGAAAUCCUUCAAGUCUAACAGUGAGCUUAAAUCCCAUUUCCAAAUGCAUACUGGUGAACGUCCGUACAGUUGUAAUGAUUGUGGAAAGUCAUUUGGUUGUUCAAGUAAUCUGAAAGUUCACAUCCGUGUUCACACAGGAGAGCGUCCGUAUGCUUGUAGUGACUGUACGAAAACAUUCAAGACAAAUGGAGAAUUGAAGAUUCAUUCUCGGAUUCACUCUGGUGAACGCCCGUAUACAUGUCUGGUAUGUGGGAAAUCAUUUAAAGCAAGUAGUGAGCUCAGAUCUCAUGCACGGACACACAUAGCUAAACGCUAUCAUAGUUGCCCUGCUUGCAGGAAGUCAUUUAAAACAAGUCGGGAACUUAAGUUCCAUUAUCGUGUCCAUACGGGUGAACGUCCUUAUUGGUGUGCCAUAUGUGGUAAGUCCUUUAGCCAGAGUGGUAACCUCAAGAUUCAUUUUCGCAUACACACAGGCGAACUACCAUUUAGCUGCUCUGAGUGUGGAAAAUCAUACAAAUCAAAUACAGAGUUGAAGAUACAUGUGCGCAUUCACACGGGAGAACGUCCAUACAAAUGUAGUAAUUGUGAAAAAACAUUCAAAUCGAAUAGUGAACUAAGGUCUCACUGCCGCAUCCAUUUAGGCAAACGACCAUAUAGGUGUGCUGUUUGUGGAAAAUCGUUUCAGAAGAGUCGCACUCUGAAGAUCCAUUCUCGUUCACACUUAGGUGUAUGCUCGUAUGUGUGUCGAAUAUGUGGAAAAUCAUUCAACUAUCAAAGUAACCUAAGACUUCAUCUCCGUAGGCAUAUUGGUGGUCAAGUACAUAUCUGUGAGGAAUGUGGUGAGUCAUUUGAGACAGUUGGCGAACUCAAGACUCACUCUGACAUACAUGCAGGGUUGUUGGUCCAGCAAGGUAUGUGGGAGAACUUGUGUAAAGUUUGGAAAGUCAGUGAGAGCUAGUGACAGAGUUGAAGUCGCUCAGUAAGGGUCUCAAUACCUCAGUCAGUGAGAGCUUUGCCCACUUCUGUGGGAGAAUGGUGCAGGUUAGCAUUUGGUCCAACCUACAGAUUUAAUUUGUCAGGAAAUUUUAUCACUGUUUGCCUGUACAUUAUCUGUAUUAAAGUCAUCCCACAUCUUGCAUACAGUACCCACAUUAUGAUCCCUUUAUAAAUAUAUUAUAAUGCACACAGUGUAAUGUCUAUUUUACAGCCAUGGUUCAUUCGUGAACCUCCAUUUAUAAAUAAAUUAAGAAAAUUAAAAAAUCACUAAGAUGUGUGCCACACAGAUUAUAAACUUCUGAUGACUUGCAAGGUUUGUUUUUGGAUUGGAAACCUUUUUUCAAUAUUUGUAUGACCACAGAAUGGCUUUGUGUACUACCUCCUGUGUAAUGGAGGCAACAGUAAACCCUGUGUUCUCAGUCCAGUGUAGCGUGGUGUGUCUUCAGUUAUGAAAGAGGCAGUGAUGCUUGUGUACACCAUUCCGUCUGUCAACAUGCCUCGAAAGGGCUUUUAAAGUUUUGAGUAUAAGUACACAAUCACAUCAUGGCACGAAGCGUUAUCCACAUGAGAAGUUGCCUGCCUGAUUGGCUUGCACCAGAACGAAGUCAUUCAAGCAUUAAGCUGUUAUUCUGAGACAGUGAACAUUUAAGAUCUGUUUUGUAGUAGUCACCUGUGGUCAACAAUACUAACUGACGAUUGGUGCCUACAAAUUAUGUCCCACUGGUACUUACAGAAAUGUGUUAGAAAUACACACUGCAUGUUUGGAGGCAACUGGAAAGGCUGUGUCACCUCUACAGCUGCCUCUACACAAUUGACUUGGCCUUUGAGUGUCAAUUACAAACGACAGGAUGAAUCCCUCCCAGCGCUGUGGUGUGCAUGGAAGGUCGUGAGGGGAACUCCCGUAAUGGAACCCAGAUCGACGGUGUCUGCACUGAUGAGUGCAGGUUUUGUCUGGCACCUGAUAAUUGUUGCAGGAGGGUGUGGAGGCAGUCAGUUACAUUGUACAUCUUACUCGCUCACUUCUGCAGGUUCAGCAUUGAGUUUGUUUGGUCACUCUCUGACCUAUCACAUAUGGAUGUUGGAUGCAUCUGCUUGCUAUUUAUGAUGAUUUCAGCAAUGUGAAGUACUGGGACUAGAUCCACUGACCUAUCGUCCAGUCCUAGAGUCAAUAUUUCAGUGACAGUUUCAUCUUUUGGGACAUUGAUGUACGAGCAUACUGUGCCCAAAUCGUGAAAAAAUGUACGAGCACUGUGCUCACCUCAUGAAGUAAUGUGUGAGCACUUGCCUCCAAGAGGUAAAAAUCGAACAAAUGGGUUGCUACAGUAUGUGCUGACAUGAAUCAAUCUGAGGAAGCUCUGGCCCAGUCGGAGCUUGCAAUGCGUCAUCAUAGGAAUCCCAUCACACACUGGAUGACCUCAGGAGACUGCCAAAGAAGAAUGGGACAGCCCCAAUCAACGGACUCUCGACCACCUCAUAAAGUGAACAGAGGUGAGCACGUUUAAAUGCAUGAUGUGGUACAACAUGGUGUUGAACAUUAUCUGACAGCAGGUUGUAAUUUCAUUCAUGUACAGUUUCUAAGAGACUGCCUUUAUUUUUUGAUUAUUUAACAGUCAGAUUAUUCCUUUAUGUUAGUGAGGCUUAUUUUUCAUUCCUUCUCAUGUUCACAGAACUAUGAGUGAUGCAAAACAUUUUUGAGCACUUUAAUAUUUAAUAUAUUAUGUUCUAGCCAGUUCUAUUCGUGGUUGGUUUCUAGGAAGAAUGGGUGUUUGCGUACUAUGAGAUUUCUGUCUAAUAUUGUCUUCCUCAUCCCAUGGUAGCAGUAUGUAAGGGUUAAAGAGUAUGUAUAGAUUUUGACAUAUUUAUAGCUAUUUGUCAAAGAAUGUU